UGGUGGUUCAAUGUGCCACGGCCCCUUCUCGCUAUGCUGCUGCAAGUUGGACUUUCGGGGCUCGCCAGGCGUGCUCUGCUAAGGAAGAGCGUCUCCUUCGCCGCUUCUUGCAACAGACCGGCCGCCUUCAUGUCGACCUUGCUGAUCAACCAAGCCCAGUACGCCUGGCUGAAAGAAUUGGGGCUUCGAGAAGAAAACGAGGGCGUUUACAAUGGCUCCUGGGGAGGAAGAGGAGAGGUUGUGACUACAUACUGUCCUGCAAAUAAUCAGCCCAUAGCUAAAGUUCGCCAGGCAAAUUUGGAAGACUAUGAAGAAACAAUAAAGAAAGCUAAAGAAGCUUGGCAAAUAUGGGCAGAGGUUCCUGCACCUAAACGAGGAGAAAUAGUGAGACAGAUUGGAGACGCCUUAAGAGACAAAAUCAAAAUUUUGGGAAAUUUAGUAUCAUUAGAAAUGGGGAAGAUCUUUGUUGAAGGUGUUGGUGAAGUCCAGGAAUAUGUAGAUAUCUGUGAUUAUGCUGUUGGUUUAUCUCGAAUGUUUGGUGGACCCGUGCUGCCUUCAGAAAGACCUGGACAUGCCUUAAUAGAACAAUGGAACCCUUUGGGAUUAGUUGGCAUCAUCACAGCCUUUAAUUUCCCUGUUGCAGUUUAUGGAUGGAACAAUGCAAUUGCACUCAUCUGUGGCAAUGUCUGCUUGUGGAAAGGUGCACCCACGACAUCCCUCACCAGUGUGGCUGUUACAAAAAUAAUUGCACAAGUCCUAGAGAAGAACAAGCUGCCUGGUGCUAUUUGCUCUCUGGCUUGUGGUGGAGCAGAUAUUGGCACAGCAAUGGCAAGAGAUGAGCAAAUUGAUCUGCUCUCCUUCACUGGCAGCACCAAUGUGGGCAAGCAAGUAGCUGUGACAGUCCAGGAGAGAUUUGGACGAUGCCUGUUGGAGCUUGGUGGAAACAACGCUAUUAUUGUAUUUGAAGAUGCAGAUCUCAACCUAGUCAUUCCAUCUGCCCUCUUUGCAGCUGUGGGUACAGCAGGCCAGAGAUGCACAACUGCUAGGAGGCUGUUUUUGCAUGAAAGCAUCCAUGAUCAAGUGGUAGAAAAACUCAUGAAGGCAUAUGCUCAAGUCCGUAUUGGAGAUCCAUGGGAUGCAAACACCCUGUACGGUCCUCUUCAUACAAAGCAAGCAGUUAAGAUGUUCCUUGAUGCAGUGGAAGUGGCCAAACAACAAGGUGGCUCUGUUGUCUAUGGUGGGAAGGUUAUAGAACGUCCUGGAAACUAUGUUGAACCAACCAUUGUGAUUGGCCUUCCUCAUAAUUCUCCAAUUGUGCACACAGAGACAUUUGCUCCUAUUCUCUAUGUGCUCAAAUUUAAGACAGAGGAAGAAGCUUUUGGUUGGAACAAUAGUGUGAAACAAGGCUUGUCCAGCAGCAUCUUCACUAAGGAUUUGGGCAGAAUAUUCCGAUGGCUAGGGAGGUAAUAAACACACGGGUGGUGGAAGAGAAUCUGGUAGUGAUUCAUGGAAGCAGUAUAUGAGGCGAUCCACUUGCACAAUUAAUUACAGCAAAGAUUUGCCUCUUGCUCAAGGAAUCAAAUUUCAUUAAGAGGCAGGUGGAAACACUACCUUUGGUGAACCUUGCAUUAAGAAACCAAAUAUCCAUCGAUUUCAAAUCCGCGGACAAUGACUAUCUGAAACAUUGAGGAUGUUUGUAACUGCUGCACUACU